AUUAUUUCAAUUCAUCCACAGGGGGCAAUGUCGUCCUGGGAAUAAGUUAACUGAAUCCACAAUUACACAAAAAAAGGAGGCAGUGACAAAGACACAUGUGGCAACCUUUGAAAAAGUCACUUUAUGUCAUAAACUGCCUUUAUAAUCUGGGGAGCAUUGUCACCAGGCCUUGUCUUUUGCCUUCCCUUUUUCUCUUGUUCUGUUUUGCCCUCUGUGUUGACAAGCAACUUAUCAAUAGGGACCAAAUCACUUAUUUUGGUGAUAUUUGUAUGGCCAUAUCUUCUGCUGCCCCAAGAUAAUACCACCUAUCAAAUCCAACACACAUAAAUCAAUCGAUAUACUGUUCUGAGGUAGGUCACCUGCAACUCCUACAUAUUUGUUCCUUCUGUUAAUCUUUGUAUGCUGCCUCUAUUUUUGGAUAUUUCAUCUCGUCUCUUUCAUCAUCUCUUUACCUCAAGCCUUCCAUAAGGCAUCAGCUAAAGGCAGUUUUCAUUUUAUAUUCUUCAAAUGUUCAAAUAAAGCAAGUUUCUUAGAAGGUGCUUAGAAAGAUUUGGUUUUUACCCUGCAUCUUCCUGAAAAUGACAUGCUGAGUAGUAUAAUGAUGUUCUUUUGAAACAUUUUCAUACCUUCUGUCCUCCACCUACAAGUCUUAUACACUUACCAGUUCUGCUUCCUCUCCAUUUUUCACCAACCAGAGUUGGAAGUCAAGAAUAGCAUAUUUUAUCACCAAAUUGUUAUCCAUGAGCAGAAUCAGUCCAAUUCUGCUGUUGGCAAUAGUAAUUAUUGCUAUUGUGUUCUUUGUCUUUGGUCUUCUUCAUCUUCUGAUAAGAUAUUGUUUAAAGAUGCCUUCUUUUUCAUCUCUUUCUCAAUCCAAUAGAUUCCUAGAAUCAUCUGGUUCCCAAGCUUUCCAAAGGCAGCUUCAACAGCUAUUUCGCCAGCAUGAUUGUGGUUUAGACCAAGCUAUUAUUGAUACUCUGCCUGUUUUUUCCUAUAAGGAUAUUGUGGGUUUGAAGGAGCCAUUUGAUUGUGCUGUUUGUUUAUGUGAAUUUUCAGAACACGACAAGCUCAGAUUGCUCCCUUUUUGUAGCCAUGCUUUUCACAUUCAUUGUAUAGACACUUGGCUCUUAUCAAACUCAACUUGUCCUCUAUGUAGAGGUAUCAUUACUUCUGGGAUAUCUUUGGGAAAUCCCUUGUUUAGCUCUAUUGAAACAAGAGAACAGUGGAGUUUCCAUUUGGAAGAAGGAAAUACAAACAGUCAAAAGUCAGAAAAUGUUGGAGAAAUGAGAGUUUUCUCAGUUAGAUUAGGUAAGUUCAAAAGCCCAAUUGAAGGAAAUGAAAAUCAUGAAGACAAAAGUCAAGGGGAAAUCAACAGUUGCAAUUUGGAUGCAAGGAGAUGUUUCUCAAUGGGUUCAUUUCAAUAUGUGGUUGCUGAUUCAGAGUUGCAGAUAGAUUUGCCUAAUGUGAAGAUUCUCAAAGCUGUGUGUGAGAAGUACACAAUUCUUGGAGAUACUACAGAAGGAAAAAAGAUCAGUGCUAGGACUAAAGGAGAGAGUUUCUCUGUUUCAAAGAUUUGGCUUUGGUCCAAGAAAGGCAAAUUCUCAACUUCUUCAGAAACAUAUAUUGGUGGACCAUCUCUUAAUCUUGAUAUUCCAAUGACUAAGAGAACACAAUUUGUAUAAACAUGUAGUGCAAAAUUUUAUAUUGCUUUAACAUAGUUCUGAGAUAGACAUCAAUUCCCACAUCCUCUUCUGUUCCUUUUCUUUUUGGUUUAACUAUAAUUGUAGCUACAGAUUUCACAGGAAUUAUGUGGAUGAUGCAUUAAUUUCCGUCCUUUUUGGGGAAAGCUAUAUGCCUGUUGUGUUUUACCAAA